AUGGAAGUAAACGGGCCGAGAAAGCGCCUUCGCUCUUCUUCCCAGAGAGAGGUUUCCCAAGAGGUCGACGUGGCGGACCUGCUGCAGAAAACGCGGCAGAUUCGGCGGCUCACAGGCGUGAUACACGAGACGGUAGAGGCGCAAACAGAGCUACUCGGUGAUGCCAGCAGCGAGCUUGCACAUAUCCAGAGUGGAAUGGAAGCGAUGACCGCAGGAAUAAAGAAGGCUCGGCGGUACAUCAUGACGCACCCCAGACGCUCUAUCUGCACCACUCUGCUUAUUAUCUUGGUCUUGCUGUACAUGGUUCUCCAUUAG